UUUUUUUGGUUGUCAUUGUCAACAAAAUAUUUAGUGUCUGAUCAAUGUAAACAAAUGAUAUUUGGCAAUAACAGUAACAUUUAAACAUUUCAUUUAACAAUUUUUUCGAAAUAUGGACGACGACUUUUUUUACGAAAACGAAAAUGAUUAUGAUUACGAAUAUUCCGAAGAAAGUACAUCAGAACCUGAUGUGGAUUUAGAAAAUCAGUACUAUUUGGCAAAAAAUUUGAAGGAAGAACAAAUAGAAAAGUCGGUAAAUGCCUUUCAGAAAGUACUAGAAUUGCAAGGUGAACAUAAAGGAGAAUGGGGCUUCAAAGCUUUAAAACAACUAGUAAAGGUACAUUUCAGGUUAAAGAAUUAUGAUGCCAUGAUUAAGAUGUACAAAGACCUACUAGGAUAUAUAAAUAAUGCUGUGACUAAAAAUCAAGGUGAAAAAGCUAUUAAUUCCAUUUUGGAUUACACAUCUGCUUUACAAGAUAUACAAUUACUACAAGAUUUAUAUGAAAUUACUCUGUCAGCUUUAAAACAUGCCAAAAACGAAAGAUUGUGGUUUAAAACAAAUACCAAAUUGGGUAAAGUGUAUUUGGAGAGGGGCGAUUUUGGGAAAAUGGCUGGUAUUCUAAGACAACUUAAAUCCACUCUUACUGCUGAUAGUCAUGAGUGUGAUCCCCACAAAGGUACCCAACUUCUUGAAAUAUAUGCGUUGGAAAUUCAGAUGUAUACACAGCAGAAAAAUUACAAGCAACUUAAAGAAUUGUAUGAACGUAGCCUUAAAGUACGCUCGGCCAUUCCACAUCCCCUUAUCAUGAGUAUCAUCAGAGAAUGUGGCGGAAAGAUGCAUCUAAGAUCGGGAGAUUAUGAGAAGGCGUACACAGAUUUCUUCGAAGCUUUUAAAAAUUACGAUGAAGCUGGCAAUCCUCGUCGAAUCAACUGCCUGAAGUAUCUUAUACUUACUAGUAUGCUGUUGGUUUCUGCCAUAAAUCCAUUCGACUCACAAGAAGCUAAACCGUACAAGAAUGACGCGGAAGUAAAAGCAAUGACACAGUUAAUCUCUGCUUUUCAGAAUAAUAAUAUCAAAGAAUUUGAAACAAUUUUUCAGGAAAACAAAGAGAGUUUGAUGGCUGAUCCUUUUAUUCACGAAAGUAUCUCAGAUCUGCUUACCCGUGUCCGAACAAAGGCGCUUCUUGCUAUACUAAAACCAUACCGAAAUAUAAAACUGGAGUUUAUCAGUAAAGAAUUGGGAAUAAACGAAGAAGAUGUCGAGAGUCUGCUAGUAUCUUGCAUAUUGGACAAAUCCAUCGACGGUAAAAUUGAUCAGAUGCGGAGGGUUUUUAUAAUGACGCCACCUGACUACAAUAGAAAGUACUAUGCUAUACAAAAAUUAAGUGAGCAGAUUGAAAGACUUACCUUAAGUAUUGGAGAGUAAAUGGAUCGUGCCGGUUCCUAUCUUUUAUAUGUUUAUAUAUUUUCUUCUGUUCAACUCAUUCUUAGAUUUAGUUAAAAUAAAGAUCUAUUUUUACAUUG